AUGUACACCGGACAGUUCUUGUACUGCGGUAAGAAGGCCACUCUUGUCGUUGGAAAUGUUCUCCCGCUUAGAGCUAUUCCUGAAGGAGCUGUUGUCUGCAACGUUGAGCAUCACGUUGGUGAUCGUGGUAUGCUGGCUAGAGCUUCUGGAGAUUACGCUAUCGUUAUUGCUCACAACCCGGAUAAUGAUACUACUAGGAUCAAGUUGCCAUCGGGAUCGAAGAAGAUUGUUCCGAGUGGAUGCAGGGCCAUGAUUGGUCAAGUUGCUGGUGGUGGAAGAACAGAGAAGCCAAUGCUCAAGGCAGGAAACGCGUACCACAAGUACCGUGUGAAGAGAAACUCAUGGCCUAAGGUUCGUGGUGUGGCUAUGAAUCCAGUGGAGCAUCCUCAUGGAGGAGGUAACCAUCAGCACAUUGGUCACGCGAGUACGGUUAGGCGUGAUGCACCACCAGGACAGAAGGUUGGUCUUAUUGCUGCUAGGAGGACUGGUCGUCUCAGAGGUCAAGCUGCUGCCUCUGCUGCCAAGGCUGAAUAG